GACGUCCUGGAGGCCUGGGAUCCGCCUAGUCGACCUCAGGACAAGUCACCCUACCUUGGUGAUAGACGGAUUGCAAGCUCUACCGGUAAAGCUGCAAAACACCUCGCUUGUUCAUUGUCCUUUACCGCCUCGGAAUCAACCUCCUAUCGGCUACACAUUGCCAUCGCGCGUCUGUGGCAUGUAUCAGAUGACAAAAUUGUUUGGAACUGGAAGCUCUGGAUAUGUUACGAGUGCUUUUCACGUCCUCACUGGCUCAGAAGUCGUACUCAAAUUGGGGACUGCAUCGGAAGACAUGCCAGACAUGCCUUGCGUAGUACGUUACGAAGCUCUUGUGUAUAGCCUCCUGCGUGGCCACCCAGGCAUUCCAUCGUGUAAAUGGAGUGGCCUGGAUCGAGGAUCAUAUGUUUUGAGUCUGGAACAACUAGGCGUGAAUCUCGAACAGCUCCGCAGACUGUCGAGGGGAAAGCUUUCUUGGAAGACUGUAGUUAUGCUUGGAGUCCAAAUGUUCAACAGAGUCGAAUUCGCCUAUUCGCGAGGAAUCAUUCUACGGGACAUCAAGCCGGACAAUUUCGUGAUGGGCGUCGGGGAAAAGUCUCACAUCGUCUAUCUAUUGGACUUUGGCUUGGCUAAGCUUUACGUCAACCCAUCCACAGGAGAACAUAUACCAUACCGUGAAGGUCGCGUUCCAUUGGGGACCAUGCCAUUUUCGAGCUACAAUGUGCAUUUCGGACGAGAACAAGGACGGCGAGAUGAUCUUGAAACAUUGGGGUACGUCCUACUGUAUCUCUUACAUGGCACUCUUCCCUGGCAAGAAAUCUACGCACCAAGCAAAGAGGCCGGUUUGCGUCGAAUGGCAGAGAUGAAAGCUGGGUCGACAGCAUUUCGUGAUCUGCUCGCGCAUUCUCCUGCUGAGUUCACGACGUACUUCGAUCACUGCCGUGGUUUGAAGUUCGAGGAAAAGCCGAACUACGCGUUGUUGAGACAAUUGUUUAGCCAGAUAAUAGAGAGGGAGGGGUGGACAGGAGAUACGAGGUUUGAUCCACUGGAGAGAAGUUCCGACAAAGGUACACUAGUACCAGAAGAGUAUAAAUUAGAUGUCCGGUUCAUAGGGGGUGAUUUGACCACGCUAUGAUUCCUCGCUAUCUUUGGCGGAAGAAGAUACUCUCGAGCCUGAAGGUAAUCGCUCGGUAAUCGCUUUGUAGAAGUGAUAGCGAAAGACUCAAAUUCCGCUGUUUUCAACCAAGGCCUUGAAGCUAAGUAAGAUU